AUGUCCGAGGACAGACAGUCCACGGAAUCUCUACCGCCAUCGGCUGAACCGUCUGAUGUUGUUGCCAACAGCGCCAGCCCGACAGGCCGGGCGAAAAAUCGACAGACCACCCUGUCAACCAAGGCCGCACAGACUGAAAAGCCAGAGGAUGCGCCGCCAGUAAACGCCGUUCACUCGGUCCCCAUGACUGCCUCAAAUUCGUCUUCAUCAGAAGUCGGGCUGGUUCCUGACUCUCUCGCUGCCCCCUACAGCACACGCUCUCGUGGCCGUAACGGGGCGCCGCGGCCAAACUAUGCCGAAGACAUAGAGAUGGAUUUUGAACUCACCAGCCCCGCCCCUACCACUGCAAAGGCUCCCACCACUGCUGCAAAGCGAAAUGCCACCUCAAGUGUUAACAGCUCUCCUGCGGCGACUGAAAGCGAAAAGGGCCCUGCUGCCAGCACCCGCAAGGGCCAAGCCGCGGCGAACGGAGUGCAUGCCAACUCCGCAGUGAAAGACAUGAUCCCGGGAACUUCGACCUUCUCAGCCAACACUGCGAAUGGUGCUACUUCGGCCCCAUCACGGAAGCGAAAACAGCCGCCCACAGGCUCAACCGGUGCCAAUGCCAACGGAACCACGAAAAGGUCGCUCAAUUCAGCGUCCGAAAAUAAGAUGAAUUUUCGCCUGUCUAAUAUGAUGACCUUUGAAAACUCCGGCGCCCGAUUGAAGAACGGGAAGCUGAAGGCUGAUGACGGUACUACUCUAGAAGUAAACGACCAUGUCUACUUGGUGUGUGAGCCACCUGGUGAGCCAUACUACUUGGGUCGCAUUAUGGAAUUCCUCCCGGCAAAAGGAAACUCCUCAGGUCCAGUGGAAAUGGUGAGGGUAAAUUGGUACUAUCGACCCAAAGACAUUCAACGAAGCGUGUCAGACCCCAGAUUUGUGUUUGCAUCAAUGCAUUCCGAUCCAUGUCCAUUGUCAUCGCUGCGCGGCAAAUGCUCAAUUAUGCAUGUGUCCGAGAUUUCAAAUUUAGAUGAGUACCGCCGGUCAAAAGAUACAUUUUGGUAUGACAAGAUGUUUGAUCGAUACAUGCACCGCUACUAUGAAGUAGUGCCAACCAAGGACGUGAUUAAUGUGCCCGAACAUGUUAAGAAAGUCUUGGAUGACCGCUGGAAAUUUAUUCUUUGCGAGCUCGCCCGCAAAAAAGAGCUGACUGGUGCGGUCAAAACUUGCAUCAAAUGCGGAUUGUAUGCAGCUAGCGCUGAAUCUGUGGACUGCGCCGUUUGCCAUCACACUUACCACAUGAAUUGUGUUAGGCCGAAAUUGACAAAAAAGCCGGCGCGUGGGUUUGCGUGGGCUUGUGCUUUAUGCAGCCGCGCCCAAGAACGCAAGCUAGAGGCUCGAAAUACACCCAUGGCGGGCGAAAAUCUGCCAGAUAUCGAAGAAGAUCUCCCGGAAGAAGACGAUGACGAGCCUAUGAUCGAUGCCGUUGCGACUGGAAGAAGUAGCCCUGCCGCAGAUGAGAAAAAGAAGCCCGAACCUGCAACAGCUGCACAAAUCGCACAGGCAAAAAUGUGGCCCUAUCGAUAUUUUGGAAUUCAUUGUCAGUUGGAGGAUGCCCUUGACUAUGACGACCGAAUUUAUCCGCGCGCAAGCUCCCGUAUUGGCACACGGCACCAAGCCAUAGUUAGUCCAUGGUUUGGUCAACCCGUUCAGUAUGCAAAGCCACUUGACCUAAAGAAAAGGUUCAAAGGGUCAGGCAAGGUCAAUGCCAAUAAACUCUCCAAAGAAACGCAAGCUGCCAUAGAGGCCGAAAAACAGGACAGAUUAGCUCGGCCGUGGGUCAUGGAUGAACCUCAAGGGUAUGUUCGCCGAGGCGAAGACGAACCAGUCCCGGUCAAUGGAAAAGAGGUGCAUUUCUUCCGCUCGGGGGAAGAUGACGCUCCUGGGUCUGAAAUGAGCCAAGAAGAGCGAGAAAAUUUUAUCGAUGAGUACAUGGCCAGAGCUAAGGAAGUCGCGUCUGAAAGAGGUCUUCCAAAGUACCAUACAAAUUUCUUGGAUAAAGCGUUGGAGUAUCUCUAUUCGGAAAGCUAUAAUGUGGAUGCUGCUCUGAAACGACUGAAGAAGGCCGAUCUUUACAAGGAUCUUAAAGAGCCGAAGCUUAAUAAAGAUCAAAAAGCGCUUUUCGAAGAAGGAGUCUCCAAAUAUGGGUCUGAAUGGAUCAAUAUUCGACGACAUAUAGGAAAUAUUGAGACAAAACAUGUUGUUCGAUAUUAUUAUAUGUGGAAAAAGACUACCGAAGGACGCCGCAUUUGGGGAAGCUAUGAAGGUCGGCGAGGGAAAAAGGAGGCUAGACGUGCUGAUCCGUCGUCCAAAUUACUCGAUGAUAUUGCCGAUGAACAUGACGACUCAGCAUUUGAUAACGACAAAGCAACCGAAAAGAAAAAAGGCUUCCAGUGCAAGUUCUGUCUUACUCGCUCGUCCCCUCAAUGGCGCCGUGCACCUCUUACAACGCCUGGUGCUACUAUCCCUGCUGAGCCCACAUCUAAGAAAGCAGAUAGGGGAUCCCAACUUGCAGUGGCACUAUGUCAUCGAUGUGCUAUCAUGUGGCGCAAAUAUGCCAUUGAAUACAAGGACGUCGAUGAACUAGCCAAGAGACUUCAAGCAGGCGGUAACAAGGCCUGGCGUCGCAAAUUAGAUGAAGAGAUGUUGGCGCAAAUGCUGGUUUCAGACGAAUCGCCUCUGAACAUUAGCAGCACUACGGCAGCUACAGCAGCAUCUAUAGGGGUCAAUGUCAAUGGGUCCAUAACACCUGAUACCCAGUCGGAGCCUGUCAAGAAAAAGGCCCGGACUUUAGCCGAAAAGGACAGUGCAACCACCUCCGCUAGAAACUCGGUCGAACCGCUUCCUAAGAAGAAGCCGAUCGAAAAGCCGGCUGAGCCGUUGCCGAUCAUUCCAGAACCUCCUCGAGCGAAAGUAUUACCAUGCGCAAUAUGCAAAAGCAUGGAUUCUACUAGUGAUGCCUUCGUCUCUUGCAGGGAUUGUCGGCUCACUGUUCAUCAGCGCUGCUAUGGGGUUGCUCCUGACAUCUAUCCCCAGAAAUGGCUUUGUGAUGCUUGCUCCAACGAUCGAACCCCUCUCGUUUCAACGAUAUAUGAAUGCGUGCUAUGUCCUGUCGCUGUGACUGAACAGGAAUUGAUGGAAGCCCCAAAAUCAAAUCAUAAAAAGAAAACAGAACGUGAUCGGGAAAAGGAAAGGCUAGAAAAAGAGUUGGUUGCAGAAGCCAUUAAACUCUAUCAGCGAAGGCAAGAGGCUGUAGGCAAACCUACUGGUCCCCGAGAACCAUUGAAGCGAACUGUUGGCAACAACUGGGUGCAUGUCAACUGCGCCUUAUGGAACCCUGAGAUCAAAUUUGGCAACGCCGUGGAACUGGAGCCCGCAGAAGGCUUUGGUCUCAUCCCACGUGAUCGCUAUCAGGAAAUCUGCAAGCUUUGCAAAACUAAGAAUGGGUCUUGUGUUUCUUGUCAUUAUCCAGGCUGCAGCGCGAAGUUUCAUGUUGGGUGUGCCUUUCAGGCUGAUUAUCUUUUUGGCUUUGACGUGAAUCCUGUGAAAGGAUCUCGCAGAGAGUCAAUCACCACCAUGAAAAUAGGCGAAGAAACCGGAUCGGUUACUCCUGGCAUUUGGUGUCCAUCUCACGCAGCACAAGCGGACGUUCAUGACAUCAGCGAACCCACGGAUCAUGAUGGAUUAAACGCUCUAGCGCUCUACGUGCGAACCUACAAACAAGCAGACCUUGGUCUGACAGGAACAGUCCGAAAGGCAGCGCACGUUCAACAACACGUUAAUGCUCCGCUUUCCAGCAAUGGCUCAGUCCACGUUAACAGACGGGCUUCUGGGGCUGGCUCUACUCAGGAUAAUACUCAAGGACCCAGCUCCACCAGUACACCAGUAGAAUCAGCACAUCCCCCAGCCGGUCCGCAAGGUAGCAAGGCUUGUGUUCAUUGCAAAACCUCCUUUAGUCCUCGAUGGUGGCUUGUUGACAAUCCUCACCGAAGCAAUAUCACUGCCAAUGGCUUGGGCCAUUUGACCAACGGAACUGUCUUGCAUUCGCGCACUUUGUCUCAGGGCUCUGUUCCCUAUGUCAAUGGGGACUAUCGUACAGAGAGUGAGUUGAUGUUUGAAUGUCAUAAGUGCCAUCUUAAAAGGCCAAUUCCACCUCCUUCCACAGAGUCGCAUCCUUCACCAUACGAUGCCUCCAGAGCAUCCGUUCUACCAACGUCUCGACCGGCGGAUUACACACCACAAUAUACAUCGCAUGGCCAUCCACCUCAGCAAGGGCCAUUAGGCCGUCCUGAGCCUCCUGCCCAAAUACCGCCACUGCCACCUUCUGGAUCAGCUUGGUAUAACGGUUACGAGCAUCUUCCCAAACAUGGAGUACCUACCUCGGCUCCUCAAACAAACGGCUUUGGACAACCUCCCCCUUAUCCGCCAAGUGGUCCUCCGCAUUUGCCUAGCUUUCCUGGACCCGCAGGAACAUCAGUGCCUCCGCAUGCUCAUACACAUCAUAGCCCUCCACCUGCUGCUGCACACCUUCCGCCACCACCCCCGGGACCGUAUCCUGGUGUGCUUCCUGUGCCAUCUCCUGCUCAUCCGUAUUCGACUCCUUCAUAUGCAUCACCAGCGCUGUCUACGCCACAUGGUCCGCCGAGUCUACCGUUUGGAACGUCAAUGUCUCCGCCUGAUAUCCGUACAAGCCUUGUCCAUCGCUCACCGCCUCGUGCACUAGGUGGCCACCCCCCUCCGCCGUCCCGAGUCUACCCUGUUGAAAUGGUGGGCCAUUCGCCUUCAAUGUCAAGGGGAAGUGUCGACCAUUCAUUACCGAGUACACCAAACCGUUCUGAAGAGCAUGCAAUAACAUCUACACAUCCUACGAAUAGUGCGCGAUAUCCUUCUGGUUCCAGUUCCGGUGGACCAAGUGCAAACACGGGGGCAAGUGCUAGUCCAUCUUUGAAAAAUUUACUUUCCUGA